AUGUUUUGGUUUACUCUUUUGACUCUAUUUUCUGUCAGUUCGGGUGCUAACAUUUUAUUGAUGUUCCCUUUAUCGCCGAAGAGCCACGUCAAUGCUUUUAUGCCUGUGUUCAAGAAGUUGUCAGAGAACGGGCACAACCUCACGAUGGUCUUAUCAUUCACGCAUCAUUCUCCUAUUGCGAAUUGUAGCUACAUAAUGGUGAGAAAUGUGAUGGAGGAAAAGUUCCUUAAGACACCAGGGUCCUUGAAAGAGGUCAGUAAGUUUACUAACCCACUAUUUUCGUGGCCUUUAAUUAGAAAACUGCAAUUAGAAUCGGUAGAGAGUUGUCUGAAACAAAAUUGUUUAGGAGAGCUGAUGGAAGGAAAUUACGAAUUCGAUCUGAUGAUAUCCGAAUCUCUUUAUUUGUUCGAAGUAUUUAUUGCUUUUGGGCAUGUCUUCAAUGUUCCAGUGAUAAGUAUCGAUGCCCACGCACCUUCUGUUUGGUCAUCUUACCUCACUGGGAAUGUCCAUCCAUAUUCUUAUGUUCCAAAUUAUAGGAUUCCAAUGACUGAUCGCAUGACGUUUAAAGAAAGGCUGAUGAACACUUUGCUCAACUUUCAAGAAAUUCUUGUGUCUUACUAUUAUCUACCAGAACAGGAAAGGUUGAUGAGAACCUAUUUAAGUUACAAUGGUAAAUAUAAUUUCCCACCAUUAUUGGACAUGCUACAAAAUACUUCUCUCGUAUUAGUUGAUGCCCACUUCUCUUUGGGAUAUGUUCGACCUUAUCUCCCGAACAUAGUUGAGGUUGGAGGUAUGACAUCUCAUGCAGGCAGCGAGCUAAACGAGGAGUUCCAAAAGUUCAUGGACGAAUCAGAACAUGGCAUUAUAUAUUUCACUUUUGGGUCCAUCAUAAAUUCAACAUCCAUGCCUAAAGAACUGACGGACGUUUUCGUAUCCGCAUUUAGGCAAUUAAAGCAGAACGUUAUUAUGAAGUGGGAAUCAGACCAUUUCCCAAACAAGCCUAAAAAUGUAUUAAUAAAGGACUGGCUGCCUCAAAAUGGAAUCUUAGCUCAUCCUAAUUGCCGCCUUUUCAUUAGCCACGGAGGGAUACAUGGAUUGACUGAAGCAAUAUACCACAAAGUACCUCUUGUUAUGAUACCCUUUGGCUCCGAUCAGCUUUUCAAUGCUCAUUUUGCAGAAACAGAAGGAUUCGCCAAGGUUUUAGAUUACAAAAACCUUACAGUUGAGAAUUUGCUGCUUGCUGUCAAUGCAGUCAUUGAUAAUACCGAAUUUAAGGAGAACAUUGAAAGGAGAUCUUUGAUUCUGCAAGACAGAGACCAAAGCUCUUUGAGGAAGGCUGUGUAUUGGGUCGAGUAUGUCUUGAAGCAUAAAGGAGCUAAGCAUCUCCGGCCAGCUUCUUUGUAUUUAAAUAUCUUUCAAUAUUUUUUGUUGGAUGUGAUUGCAGCAAUAAUUUUAUUCAUAUUGUUAUGUUUUGGUUUAGUAUUUUUCUUUUUAUAUGUAAUUAUAAAAAUUGUAAAACGAUGUAUUAGGAGUUCAAAACAAAAACUUGAUUGA